GGUAAAGAAGGACCAGAGCACUGCAGGAAGCAGCUGUUUAGUCGAGAGGCAUGUGAAUUCUGACAAUGCCUUAAAAUGUGAACCCUCCGUUGGUAGAGACCAAGCAUGAAUGUGUCAAAGGUGAGCUAGUAAAAAAGUGAGCAGAGAAAGACGUCAGAGGUGUGUCAAGAUGUGGGCAGUCCUUGUCCACAGGGCCCGCAUACAGUACCUUGAGCAGAAGACAAGGCAACGUAUGGAAACGUCACCUCGAGUGAGCCAACUUUACCUAUGCCACCCGAGACAUUGUACAAGGUGGGAGGACGCCCACUGACAUCCCAUUUUGCACUUCUUGGAACUAUGCCAGUUGAAGUGGGUCUUCGGAACCCUCUAUUAACUAUUAGACAUUUGUUUUCCUUGACCCUCUUACGGUUAGAGUAAAUUAGACAUUUUGUAACACAUCUGAGUGGUUAGUUAUGAAGCUCUAGGCAACCAACCUGAGAGUUGGUGACCCAGCUGCAUUACACAAGGGGAAAGCAAGGCAAUUGUCAAACAAUGAAACAGAAGUCAAAAUCAUCACAACUGACUGAUUGUACAUUACCAUACAUCACUUUAGUUUGGGGGGGGGGGGGGGGGGGGGGGGGUAGCUGUCUAAACUCCACGGUGAAGGAAGUUUGAUGAACUCCAGUAUGUGAGUGGAGUUGAGUGGUUGUAAAUCCCACUCAUAGCUCAUGGAUCAGUGCUUGCGCAUCACUCCGGUGCUCCACGUUCUUUUCCAACUGCUCUGCUAAAAAUCACUCCGAGCUCACAGGGAGAAAAAAAAACUGCCGCUCCAAAUUCGCUCCAUUCAUUAAAAUCACAAUUUAACCAACACCCCAUCUAUUUUUCUGACUACCUGGACCUACUAUUUGGUUUUGAAGUAUUGAAACUGAAUGAAAAGUCUUUGAAUAAACAUGAAAAGGUGAAAGUAAGAAGCGAACAUAAUUUCAAAUAGUCUACAUGUCAUAUUAAACAGCAUAUAAACACUCUAAAUAGGUCAGGAGCCAGACAGGGAGCCUAAGAAGGAAGGAAAAUUAAUUAUUUAGGCUAUAUUAUAGCCUACAAAGAAAUGCGUUGUGAAGCGAGUGCGACACACUAGGCUGGUUGGGACAUAAAGCUCUCAGCAUUUAAACAACAUGUCCUUGUAUAGAUAAUAUAACAAAAAUGAACAAACAUUUUAAGAGAUCUGCUUUUUAAAAAUAAAUACUUUACUACAAUAACACUUAAAUUAUCUACCCACCUCGUUCCUUUCUUGUAGCAUGUGGACGUAGUAACUACACCAUCAUGCUUUCGGGAUACCGGUCUUUUCAGAUAAUGAUUAUUUAGUUGCGGACACUACAUCCCGCACACCCCCUCUUGCUCUUGGUCCUCAUCUUUGUAAAUCACCUUGAUUUUGCACAUGUGUCUUAUCAGUUUCUUUAUAAAAAAAACUAUUUAGCAAACCCCAUGACAGUAGCUAAAGCAAUAGCAGCACACAAAUGCAUGCUGGGCCGGCAUGACCUGAGCUCGUGAAGUGAGCGCUACUGGAUCGGGCAUGAAGGCCAAUGCUUCAGCCUUUGGGAAUUUCGUUCCGACCUUCAGUCAAAUUGGGCAUGCUCAGCUACUCGCUCCGCUCCAGCUCCACUCCGAUACUCCACCAAUGGAGUGGAGCAAAGACCAGGCUUUUGUGGAAUUCAGCUCCAACUACAUGGAUUCGCCCAAGGUCAACACUUCAAAAACAUUUUUACCUUUGUUUUAACCUCUGUAGAUGUGUGCCUUUGUUUGUUGAAAUCCAUACUUUUUCAAUAAACGUUAAUCAAAUACAACCACCGACUGUUUGCUCAUUGCUGUUGCUGUAAGAUGCCAACUCAGCGCAAGUGGCGUGUGCCAAUUGAAUCUCAACAUGGAAACAGUUGGUGGUUGUAUUUGAUUAACGUUUAAUGAAAAAGUGUGGAUUUUAGCAAAUGAAAAAAGGCACACAACUACAGAGAACAAAAGUAUUGACCUUGGGCGAAUUGAUGUAGUAUGAGCUGAAUUCCACAAAUCCUGUAAUCAUUAUGCCAUUCUGUUGUAAACCGUUUACUCGAAACGAUCGUUUCUAUUGGACAAAUUCAGGUAGUUCCCUUCCCGUUUCGUUCUGUUUGCUCCUGUUUGGUUCUUAAAUGGUAAAUGAAUGCACCCCUGGGGCAAUUGUUGUAAAACGUUUAUUAAACAGAUGCAAACGGAACGCAACAGGGAGGGACCUACCUGAAUGUAUCCAAUAUAAACUCGUUUUGCUCCGUUUGGUUCAUAAACGGUAAACGGUUUCCGUAAUGGAAAUACGGCCCAGGUCUCUGCUCCACUCCGUUGGAGUUCAUCAGAAACUUUCUUCACCAUGGAGUUGAGUUUAGUCAGCUGUGUUUCUUUUGGGAACAAGCUUUGGAACCUGUCUGUCACGAAUGGUUCGUGUGUAUUCAUGUCAAGAAGAGUGACAAUUUUCAAUGUUCUUGCUGCCGGUCGCGAACUGUGUGUACACUGUAACAACCUUGCCCCCAUGCCAAGGUGUUUAGUGUGCAAAUAAAUAGUUACAACGUAGCCAACUUCGCUAGUCAACUUUACCUUACAGCCAACACACUGCAGUGACAAUAAAGAAUGGUAAUGAGUGUUGCGGUGUUAAAAUAAAGUUACGUACCGCUAAAUAUUAACCAGCUGUCAACUUCCUUGUCCCUUGGGUAGUUGUUUUGUCGUGCACGCGCGAACGGUGACCUCCGGGGGCUUCCUCUUUCCUUUGAAGUAGGAUUUUGCCCUUUAAAAUCAAAGGGCUUGGUCACUGCCAUCUACCGUCUGGAGUGUGUGGAAACAUGACAUUGAUUGAAAAUCAAUUUGUGUUUCUGAUCAUGAGCUGACACUGCUAUCAUAAGUAUAUAGAAACAAAUGAUUUACAAUGUUUGAAAUGAUUACGUUCUUGGUAUGUUUAUUCUAUUUAAAAGGAGAGUUCUGCUACCUAUUAUCCAUUUGACAGGCUAGGGAUAUGAAAUCCUGGGGAGGGUGUCUUUGACAAGCAUUCGAUUUACAAUGUUGCCUUUGUAAAUAAAAGUACAAAUAAAUGACAAGAAAAACCUCUUAGGCUGAAAGAUUGGUACAGAGCACAGGUUGGUAGGACUCAAUUGAUUGAAAAGCCAUAAUCUUCUUUCAUCGGUUAAAAAAAAACAGCAAAAUCAAAUGUCACAACAUAUAAAUUCCACUCAGUGUAAAAUAGUUCACUGAGAAACAGUAUUGUUGUGUCAACCUGAAAAAUAAACAUUCUACCUACACUGAAAAAAAUGAAGCUUUUAAGGUUCCUUGGAGAACUCUUGCCCGAUAACCUUUGAGUUAAGUGGGGGGUUCUUGCCAUGGCAUCUACAUUUUUACAUUUUAGUAAUUUAGCAGACGCUCUUAUCCAGAGAGACUUACAGGAGCAAUUAGGGUUAAGUGCCUAGCUCAAGGGCACAUCGACAGAUUCUUUCACCUAGCUCGGCUUAACCACUAAGCUACCUGCCGCCCCAAUCUAGGGUUCUUUAGAAUUCUGAAAGGUUAUUGAAAUGUAUCCCUUUCAUAGCACACAGCAAAUUGGCCAGCAUUCAGUGUCACAUUUCUAGUGUUGAUUCAGGAGUUAAAUUAACACUAAAGAGUUUUACAUUUGACAUUUUAGUCAUUUGCAGCUGCUCUUAUCCUGGGCAACUUACAUUUAGUGCAUUCAUCUUAAGAUAGCUAGGUGGAACAACCACAGAUCUCAGUCAUAGUAAGUACAUUUUUCCUCAAUAAAGUAGCUAUCAGCAAAGUCAGUGCUAGUAGAAAAAAAAAGUUAAAUUAACAUUCAGUGACGUAAAAGAACCCCAGUGUUGGUGUUAUGCUGCGUUCCUGUGCUAGUCGGAACUAGGAAACUCAGAAAUCUCAGACUUGCUAACUGGUUGAACGUGGCACCUGUAUAACUACAACCAAUUAGCAAGUCGGAAAUGUCAGCGUUUCCUAGUUCCGACUAGCAAACCAGAGUUUAACCAAAACCACGGCCAUCAUUAUCAUAUUUCCCAGCAUGCUCUAUUGCGGGUUGAUUUUAUUUUAUUUUAUGUUUUUGCAUUGAUUGAUUGAUUGAUCUUAUGCUACUCAAAUAUAAAUAACAUAAAUUUUUCUAAACUAAUCCAUUCAUUUAUUUGGAUUUACUGAAAUGGUUGUUCCAUUUUAGAAUGCUUUACGUCCCUCUAACUCAUCUCUGGACCUGGAAGCCAGUUCCACUGCCUUUUUUAAUUGUUCCCUUCUAAUCAGGGACUGAUUUAGACCUGAGACACCAGGUGUGUGCAAUUACUUAUCAGGAAGAACAGAAAACCAGCAGGCUCCGGACCUCGUGGGGUAAGAGUUGAAUAUCCCUGCUUUGGGUAGUCUCAUAUCUUAGUCUUCCCAACCCUGGCAGUCUUUCUGAAUGCAGGUUGCGAGUGAAUAAACAUUCCAAAUGUUGGAUAUCCCAACUCUGGCUGGAUUCCAAAAGAAAUUACACAUCACUUUGCAAGCCAGCAUAAUGUGACUUGCAGGCCUGAUGUGGCCUGUAAACCAUGACUUUCAGUCCACUUUAUUAGGGUUAAACUAGGCCCUCAGAAUAAGGCCUUAUGAAAUUUGUAUUGUAUUGUCUUAAAUAAUUUAAUGUUAAUGAUAACAUCACUUAGGAUUUCUCUUGGUGAAGGCCACAGGACUGAAAAUGAAUGAAUGCAACAACCAUGUCUCUGUCACUAUCAAACACAGUCAUGGGUGGUACUGGUAACUUUAAACUUCACUUGAAAGGGACGCUGGGAAAUAUGCAAAUAAGGCUCAACACCAGUGGAGGCUGCUGAGGGGAGGAUGGCUCAGAAUAAUGGCUGGAAUGGAGUCAAUGGAAUGGUAUCAAACACAUCACUCCAUUCCGGCCAUUAUUAUUAUGAGCCGUCCUCCCCUCAGCAGCCUCCACUGUUUCACUGUUAGUCUACACCUGUUGUUUACGAAGCAUGUGACGAAAUACAUAACAUUUUUAUUUCAUUGUAUUUCAUUUGUGUGUCAAAUUUACAGGGAAACAUAUUCCAUCAUAUCACAUAGAAAUAGGUGUAUUGUAUGUAUAUCGUGGUAUUUCAAAUGUGACUGAUCUUGUCUAUCAGUGUUAUGUUACAUGUGUGGGGGGGGGGGGGGGGGUUGGAUCCCGGGAAGAAUAGCUGCUGCUUCGUCAAAAGCUAACAGGGAUCCGAAUAAACCAAACCAUAACCAAACCAAACCAAACCGGGACACGAGGCUAAUCUACCUGACACAGGGACACUGAGGAGAAAGGCCCUACAUAAAAACCUGGAUAGAGAGCUCAGUGAAUGUGGUCUCAAAUGUGUGCAGGAGGGUCACUGUGUCAUGGGAGAUGCGGUAGAAGGACAGCAUGCUGGUUUGCCAGGCCAGAUACACUCCUACUAUAUUGGAGAAGGGGUUACUGAAGAAAGUGCCCUUAUCGUUGUGCCAGCAGUGUACAUGCCAUUAUAACACCUCAGGCUCCAAGAUAUGUCAUUGUGGAUUCUUUCAUAUGCCACUCCUAUAUAAGCGGUUGGCCCACUCCACUCAACCUCCCAGUAACAUUGCUCAGUCAGACCCUCUCUACACAGCACCUGUGACCAUUUCUGAGUUUGACUUGAUAUCCUAGGAAUUCCUAUAGGGGCGCAUGGGGCUUCCCAGCCAAAGACUGUGUUCCCAGCUGAUUCAUUACCAGUGACUUGAAGCCGAAGCAAGCUACAUCACCGUGUCAUUUAUUUCAGGGGUAUGACACCUGCAGAGAUGAACAUCAUAAAAUGGCAGUAAAUAUCAUAUUUCAACUUGAUAAGGCUACGACUCUUGCAGUGGCUGGUGGGAGGAGCUAUAGGAGGAUGGGCUCAUUGUAAUGGCUGGAAUGGAAUUGAUGGAACGUAUCAAACAUAUAGAAACCACAUGUUUGACUCCGUUCCAUUAAUUCUAUUCCAGCCAUUACAGUGAGCCUGUUCUCCUAUUGCUCCUCCCACCAGACUCCACUGGACUCUUGUCACCAUAACUGUGUUACUAAAAUAAUCAAAAUGGUCUCUAGACUCAAAACUUUUCUCAAUAUAAUAAAGAUCCAACCUGCUAUGAGCCUUCCUGAUAGGUCAUGUAACAUUUCCUCAAACAAUCAACACCUAAACAAGAAAUGCACAAAUAAACAAAAAGUUCACAAACAAAUUCCAUAUAGCCAACUGACCUCCGUGUCUCCAGUUUACAUUGUGGAGUCUCAGUCCAGCAGAGAGCCACUUCACUCCAGAAUCCUGCAGGUCAUUGUCACUCAGAUCCAGCCCUCUCAGGUACAGCUGGGUGCAGGUGAGUCUGGUCUCUCCAUGGACACACAGCUGGGUACAGGUGAGUCUGGUAUCUCCUGAUGGACACACAGCUGGGUACAGGUGAGUCUGGUCUCUCUUCAUUGACACACAGCUGGGUACAGGUGAGUCUGGUCUCUCCUGAUGGACACACAGCUGGGUAGAGGUCAGUCUGGUCUCUCUUCAUGGACACACAGCUGGGUACAGGUGAGUCUGGUCUCUCUUCAUUGACACACAGCUGGGUACAGGUGAGUCUGGUCUCUUCAUUGACACACAGCUGGGUAUAGGUGAGUCUGGUCUCUCCAUGGACACACAGCUGGGUGUAGGUGAGUCUGGUUUCUCUUCAUGGACACACAGCUGGGUACAGUUGAGUCUGGUCUCUCUUCAUUGACACACAGCUGUGUACAGGUGAGUCUGGUCUCUUCAUUGACACACAGCUGGGUGCAGGUGAGUCUGGUCUCUCCUGAUGGACACACAGCUGGGUACAGGUGAGUCUGGUCUCUUCAUUGACACACAGCUGGGUACAGUUGAGUCUGGUCUCUCUUCAUGGACACACAGCUGGGUGCAGGUGAGUCUGGUCUCUCCUGAUGGACACACAGCUGGUUACAGGUGAGUCUGGUCUCUCCAUGGACACACAGCUGUGUGCAGUUGAGUCUGGUCUCUCUUCAUGGACACACAGCUGGGUACAGUUGAGUCUGGUCUCUCUUCAUGGACACACAGCUGGGUACAGUUGAGUCUGGUCUCUCUUCAUGGACACACAACUGGUUACAGGUGAGUCUGGUCUCUCUUCAUGGACACACAGCUGGAUACAGGUGAGUCUGGUCUCUUCAUUGACACACAGCUGGGUACAGGUGAGUCUGGUCUCUUCAUUGACACACAGCUGGGUACAAGUGAGUGUGGUCUCUCUUCAAUGACACACAGCUGGGUACAGGUGAGUCUGGGCUCUCUUCAUUGACACACAGCUGGGUACAGGUGAGUCUGGUCUCUCUUCAUUGACACACAGCUGGGUCCAAGUGAGUGUGGUCUCUCUUCAUUGACACACAUCUGGGUACAGGUGAGUCUGGUCUCGCCUGAUGGACACACAGCUGGGUACAGGUGAGUCUGGUCUCUCCUGAUGGACACACAGCUGGGUACAGGUGAGUCUGGUCUCUUCAUUGACACAAAGCUGGGU